AUGAAAAAAGUAUUUAGAUUUGAUGAAUCUAGCAAUUUAAAAAAUGCUAUUUUUGUGAACACCAUUGAAAAUCAAAAGUCUGUUCUUUUAAAAACCAUCAAUCAAGAAUUUUAAGCAAAUAUCUUUGAAAAUAUACCUAGAACUUCAACUUUUUCAAAGCAUUUGAAAUAAUAAUUGAACCAAGAUACAUAAUAGCCAAAGAAAGGUGAUAAUCAAUAAUAAAUAUAAAUUAAAAAAAUGAGAGGAGAGAUCAAAUUACCGAAAUUUGAUGGAGAAGUCAAAUGGCCAUUUUUUAGAGUAUCAACAGAUGCAUCUAUCAAACAUUUUUGGAACAGAAAAACUCAAUAAGACAAUAAAAAGAAAUGGCAACAUGACAAUUAUGCAUUCUAAAGCAUAAUGCUUCGAAUAGGAAGGAAGAAAAAGAACGCAAAAGGCUAUUAUUUUAAAUUAACUUAUUCAGGAAUGCUAAUGUAUUUUAAAAAAGUAUUUAAAAUGUAUAAAAUAGGAAUCUGAUAAUUAUCCUAAGGGUUAUAUAGAAUUAAGUUACAAAAACAGAGCAAGUCUUUCAUUUUAAAAAACCAAAAAGAAUAUUUAAAUUCCACUCGUCUAUAUAGAACGAGCAGAGGGUAUAGGCAUAACAAUAUUUGAUCAUCAAAAUGAAUUAACUUUAUAAUUUUUUGAAGCACUCCAAGAUUUCUGUUUAAUGAAAGGGUAUGAACAUAUCUAUUCAGAAAUUGAGACUCUUGGAAGUGGGGCUUUUGCAACGGUGUAUAAGGUUUAAAGGAAAAGAGAUGAUGCAAUAUUUGCAGCAAAAACAAUAACCAAAAAGAUGUUUGAAGAGAAUAAACAUUAAGAGAAGUUUAUAGUAAAAAUUACAUUUACAUAAUAGUUUAGUAAAUGGUCUACAAUGAAGUAAUUGCAUUGAAAUCAUUUGAUCAUGUUGGUAUUGAAAAGAUCUAUGAAGUCUACUAAGAAAAGGAAAAACUAGUGAUAAUAAUCGAAUAUUGUGAUGGAGGCACACUUUAUCAGUAUUUUAAAUAAAAAGGGAGGUUGGUUGAGAAAAAUAUUGCAUGCAUAUUAAAAGGAAUUGGAGAUGCCCUUUUUGAAUUACAUUAAAAUGGAUUUGUUCAUAGAGAUAUUAAAUUAGAAAAUAUAAUGAUAGAAUCAAAAGAUACACUCUAAAUGAAAUUAGUGGAUUUUGGAUUUGCUGAACAAAUUAAUGAGGAAUAAUUGUUAAGCAAAGCUGGAACUCCAGGGUUCCUGCCUCCAGAAAUCUUUAAAGGAUAGCCAUACACUUCGAAAGGGGAUGUGUUUAGUCUAGGUGUUGUAUUAUACAUAGUAAUAUAUUAUGUAAUUAUUUUUAGUUAGCUGCUGGAUAUCCUCCAUUUAGAGGAAAGCCAAGCUAAAUAUAGGUUUUGAAUUAAAAAUGUUCAAUCAAUUUCGAAAAGCAUCCUUGGCCUGAAUUGUCGUAGGAUCUUAAGUAGUUGAUUAAGAAAAUGUUGGAAUCUAAAGUGGAGGAUAGAUUACUUAUUAGUGAAGUAUUAGAUUCAGCCUUUGUUACACAUCAUAUAAAGAAUGCAUCAGAAACUAAUUAUAAAUCAUAUUAGAUGUUAUCUGGCUUGGAAAUUGAAAAACAUAACAAAAAGACCAGUAUAAAGAAUUCUGAAUCUGGAGGGUCAAAGCAAAGCAAGGAAUUUCAAUUAGACUUUUCAGUUCAUACCAACGAUAUUAAAUCGUUGUAUUAAAAGAAUUCAAUAAAGACCUUAAAGACUGUAUAAUCGCAACGAUCAAGAAGACAAUCUGUGAAAUAAACAUAAAAUUUGAAGCAAUCAAUGUCUGCUCCUCGAAAAUCAGAUAUUGAUAAAUAUUAGGAGAAGAGGAAAUAAAGUCAUCCUGAUAGAUCAAGCUAUUAAAGAGACUCAGAAAUUUUGAAUAGCUCUUUUGGUGAGAUCAUGAAACAAAAUGAAAAAAGUAAAAUGAGAUAGUCAAUCAUGACUACAUUUAUAGAUUUUCAAGCCCUUUCAUCUGACCAAAAAUAGUUCAUAAGAAAAUCAGGAAAUAUAUUCAAUAAAACUAAAAUCCCAAGCCUAUGA